AUGGAAUACGAACCAAGGGACACAAAUGAUGUUGGGGAAUCUGAGUCUCUUGAAGAGGAUGCAACAGUAACAGAGACCUCUGAAGAUGUACCUCCUGAUCUUCCACAACUAAUUGAUGAAAUAGAAGAAAAAUCAGGAGAGGUUGAAAGUCAAAAAGAAAAUGAUAGUGACGAACAAACAAUUCAGACCGAAGAAAUAAUUGAAGAGAGUAUCGAGCUAAAUCCUCCCAAGGAAGAUGAAAGUCAGGAGAAAGCUGAAGAAAGUAGCAAUGAAGACAGCACCCUUGAAAAUAAGGAAGGGAGUCAAGAAGUUAUCAAUGAAAGUGAAGAAAAGGGUAACCAAGAAUCAGUUGUAGAUCAAGCAAUCGAAGAAAAUGAAGCAGAUCUUCAAGCAGAGGAUGAAGCCAUUUCCGAAGGUGGUGAAGAAAUGGAAUCUGGAACAGAGGAACAAACUGCUGAACAAUCUGAAGUGUCCAAUGAAUCAGCUGAAGAAAUUACAGAACCGGGGAAAGAAAUUGAAACAGAAACUGUUGAAGAAUUGGAAAGUGAAAUAAAAACUGAACCUGAAACAAGUAAGGAGGAGCAGGAGUCUGAUCCUGAAGAGACAUCUCAAGAGAAAUUGGAAAAAGAAUCUGAAGAAUCAGUACCCGAAAGCAGCAUAGAAAAACAAGAAAGUGAUGAAGAAUAUAAUGAAACUGAAAAACAGCAAAUAAAGGAUGAAUCAGUAGAAGAGGCAGAUGUUAGUUCUGCUGAUAAAGAAAUCAAUCCAGAAGAAGUUGUUUCUUUUACUGUGGAAGUUUCAGAAACAACAGAAGCUGUUGAAGACCAAGAAUCAGGUACUAAUGAUGUCAGCAUUGAAGCAACUGAACCAGAACACUCUAAUGAAUCAGCGAGUCAAGAGAUUGUUGAAAAUGCAAGUGAUGAGCCACCACAUGGAGGGGAAGAUUUAGCUUCAGACAGUGGCAUAGUUUCUGAUGAAGAAAUACCUUUGGCCACACCAAGUAAUGAUGCUCCAGUUGAAAGUACUGUUGACAGUGAAGCAUUGCCCGAACAGUCAGGUGUACCUGAUAACGAUGAAAGCGUUGAAAAUAUAAAGGCUGAUGAAAGUCAAUCUUCAGUAAAUGAUGUAGAUAAACAAAGUAGCAUAGAAGUAUCUGAUGAAGGGUUGAAAUCUGAAGAAGAAACUACUAAACAAAAUGUCACAACUGAUGAACGAAUAGAAGAAUCUAGUCCAGAAGAGGAAUUGUCAAUGAUCAUGGAAAUUCCAGAGAAUCUUAGGUCUCGAGAACAUAUGUCACAGAUCCUUCGCCUCAGCAGUGAGAGUGAGGAGAUUGAAAAAGCACUUGGAAAAAUAGCUGAAAGCACACUUAGAGAGCUGAAAAAGCUUUAUGAUGUUGCAAUCAAGCCUUUAGAAAUUUUGUACAAAUAUAGAGAUUUAAGUAACAGGCACUUUGGAGGAGCUGAACCUUCACCAGCUUAUUUCAACAUUGUUAUGUCGGGAGAAGUUGAAGAAGUAUUAGAUGGAACUCAGCUAGCAGCAGACUGGACAUUUUCAGGUUUACAAAAGUUUGGUCAAGGGUUACUUGAUCGUCUGAGAGGUUUAAAACUAAACCAUCCACUACUAGAAAAGGUUAACAUUGUUGAAAUUCCUGGUAUAUUAGAGAUCAGAAAACAAGUUGAAAGAUUAUUCCCCUUUAAUGAUGCUUGCCAAUGGUUCAUUGAUCGGGCAGACAUAAUAUUUCUUGUUUAUGAUCCUUCAAAACUAGAUGUAGGUCCUGAAACUGAGGCUAUUCUCGAUCAGUUGAAAGGAAGGGAAAUGCAAACUAGAAUAAUUCUGAAUAAGGCAGAUCAAGUAAAGCCAGAAGAACUUAUGAGAGUGCAAGGAACACUCAUAUGGAAUAUUUCACCAUUGAUGUCUUCAACUGAGCCACCUGUAAUGUAUUCAACUUCUUUGUGGUCAUUGCCAUAUGAAAGUGGAGCUCCUACAAGGCUCUUGCAUGCCCAAGAAAGAGCAUUCCUGAAAGAUAUAAGAGAGGCUGUUGAUAAAAGAGUUGAAAACAAAAUUGCUGGUGCCAGAAGAUUUGCGGUCCGUGUUCGAAAUCAUGCAAAAAUGGUCGAUUGUUACUUAACUACAUAUUACAACCACAAAUCAUUCUUUGGAAAUAAGAAAAAAAUUAGUGAUGAUAUCAUCGAGCAUCCUCAAAAUUACCAUAUUUAUGAAGGACUCAGCACACUCACAAAUAUUUCUCGUUAUGAUCUCCCUGAUCCUGAUGUUUAUCGGGAUUUCUUCAGGUUAAAUCCUGUAUACGAAUUUCAACAGUUAUCUUCAACUUGUACAUACUUCAGAGGUUGCCCUAUAAACAGGCUUGAUGUUGCUAUUGCUUAUGAUUUACCAGAACUUGUUGGAAAAUAUAAAAAACAUGUUGAAGAACUUGUAAAUUAUUCAAAAAAGUAAAAAGAUAGAUAAAAUUGAGAACCAACUAUUGUUUCCUAUUAAAUGAUCCUUUUGUUAUGGUGUCUAAGUUAUUCUAAGUGAAUAAUCUAGUCUGAGAUUGUAUACAUACAAUUAGUUAUUGAAAUAGAAGUAAAGUCAUGAAUUAUUCAAAAAUUUACGAAAUCUUUAUAAAAGUCUAUUAGUAAAUCACAUAAUGACUUAUAAAAUCAAUAAGACUGCAGUGUUAAUAUUGAUUAAAAUUUUGUGCAAUUAAGAACUUUAUUGUGCUUUCAGUGAAUAAUAGAAGGGUUUCCAAGUUAACAAAUAAUUCUGAAACAUAUUUUAUUCCAAAUAAAAUUGUAUAAGUGUUUUAUAAAGAAUAUAGUUAAACAAAAUAGAAACAUGAGAUAUUGAUCAUUGCUGUGACUUGAGUCUAAAAAUACAUUAUUUUUACAUAUAUCAUCCUAUUUAUUACUGGAAAAUAUAUUAUUUCAAGGUUGAAAAUUGAUAUGAUGUAAUGGUAAAAGAGAACAAAUUACACUAUAAAAUCAUAAUGCUUUCUUUAAAGAAAUUUUUCAGGAAAGUCCUAUACUUUGUACAAUUUACUCCUAUCAUAUUAUUAUAAUACCAUUUAAAAAAUAAUAUUAAUGAUAAUCUUUUCGUUUUACCAAAAAAAAAGUAGAACUUUACAUCAAUUUUAUAAAAUAAUUUGAGAAGGUGAUCACAAGUUAAUAAGUGGCUAACAUUUGUCAUUAUCAAUUCAAAAAUAAUGGAUCAUAAAACAGCACAUUUUAACUCUAAAAGUUAAUUAAUCAGCAACAAAGAAUUUAACAUUCAAAUUUAAGGAGAUGAGGUUCUUUUUUUUAUGAUAGAAAAAUAUGACAAACUUGUCAUAUUGUUACAACAUUGAAUAUUUUUCAAAACUAGUUUUUAUAAAAGAAAAAAAAAAACAAAAAAAAUAUAAAUUAAAAAACUGAGAAAUAAAAAAUAAUGAAGGGACAUUAAAUUUAUAAAGCAAAUUAAGUUAUUUUAAAUGCUAGUAUUUAUUAAAGGUAAAUUUGUAUUGAAAUACAUCACAUGAUUUUAAGGAAGAUUAAUUUAUAUUAAAAAAUUAUAUUUAAUUUUUUUCUUUAUUAUUACUUCAAAUAAAUUAAAGGUCUUGUCUGUAUAAAUCUUUGAACUCAUAAUCAUGUAAAUAACUAUUAAUAAAUAAUAUACUCCGAGGAAAAAAUCAUAUCAUUAAAUUACCUUAUAUGUGUUCAAAUAUCUUAUUUAAUGUGAUAAAUUUUAAAAUUUAGUUUGAUUUAUGAAUUAAUGGUUAAUAUCAAAAGCUAAUUUUCUUCAUACUCCAUAAUGUUGGUUUUUAAUGAAACCCACAUUUAGUGUAAAUAAAGUAAUUUAAAGAAUUAAAAUGAAAGACUAGUAAAUUCAUGGAUAUUGGAAGAUAAUAAUAGAAUAAUUGUUAAUAAAUAUAUUUGAAAAUAUCUUUUUAGCUGUAUAAUACAAUAUAAAAUUCUGCAAAUGUAAGCUGGCUUGUAUUUCAACUAAUAAGUACAUUACUUACUUUUUAGAUUUGACUAUUACAGAAUAAGACUGAUAUCAAACUACUGUGCAACAGUUCCUAAUGAAUGGUAACUGUUUUGUCCAAAGAUUUUUAAAAUAUUGUUUAUAAAACCUUGAAAGUGAUAUUUCUUAAUACAUGCUUGUAAUAUGUAAAUAAAAACUAUAAAUGUAAGCAAAAAAAAAAAAAAAAAAAGAAUAAAAGCUUAAAAUAUUCCUCAAAGGCAUGGUUAAUAAUCUCCUAGAAAGAUUCCCAAACUUAAGAACACUGCGCUAUUAAGUGAGAAUCAAAAUCAAAAUGAUAAGAUUAUAUGGGUCAGUAUUUGUAUCAUUCAUAUUAUAUUAGAUAGUAAGUCUAAGCCCUUCUGUUUUAAUUUAGUGAUGGAUGAUCAGGUUUGAAAGGAAAAAAAAUUAUGACCAAUGGUGGCUUCUGGAAUUAAAUAGAAGAUAGAUGACUCAAAUGCUAUGGAUAUGUUUUUCCCCUUCUUUUUAGGGAUGACCAGCUGACAUGCUACAACUAACUUAUUGUAAAUAAAUUGAAGGAUUCAGUAGAAUAAAAGGAAUUAGUUCAACUAAAA